AUGGCUGCCUGUGACGUCCGGAUCAAGCUCAACACCGGUGCCGAGAUCCCUGCUCUGGGUCUCGGUACCUGGCAAUCUGGCCCUGGCGAAGUCGCCAGGGCUGUUGCCCACGCCAUCAAGGUCGGCUACCGCCACAUUGACACUGCUCUGGUCUACGGCAACGAGAACGAAGUCGGCCAGGGUAUCAAGGAGGCCAUUGACUCCGGUAUCGUGAAGCGCGAGGAGCUCUUCGUCACCACCAAGCUGUGGUGCUCCUACCACGCCCGCGCCGAGGAGGGUCUCGAGACCAGCUUGAAGAACCUCGGACUCGACUAUGUCGACCUCUACCUGAUGCACUGGCCCCUGGCCAUGAACCCCAUCGGAAACCAUCCUGUCUUCCCCAAGCUGGCCGACGGCUCCCGGGACAUCGACCACAGCCACUCCCACGUCACCACCUGGAAGAGCAUGGAGAAGCUCGUUGGCACCGGCAAAGUCAAGGCCAUCGGCGUCUCCAACUACUCCGUCAAGUACCUCGAGGAGCUCCUCCCCCAGGCGACCAUCAUCCCCGCCGCCAACCAGAUCGAGAACCACCCCUCUCUGCCGCAGCAGGAGAUCGUCGACUACUGUGCCGCCAAGGGCAUCCACAUCACUGCCUACAGUCCCCUAGGCAGCACCGGCAGCCCCCUCUUCACCGCCGAGCCCAUCGUCACCGUCGCCAAGAAGCGCAAUGUCACGCCCGCUACUGUCCUGCUCAGCUGGCACAUCGCUCGCGGCUCCUCUGUGCUCGCCAAGUCUGUGACUCCCGCGCGCAUCGAGGCUAAUCGGGCUGAUCUCAUCCAUCUCGACGCUGAGGAUAUGGCGACCAUUAAGAUGUACUCGGAGACUUUAGCUGCGACUAAGUCGUUCCAGCGCUUCGUCUUCCCUCCGUUCGGUGUUACCUUUGGGUUCCCGGAUAAGGAGUAG